AUUUGAUUCUUUUUUUAUCACUACAUCAAUCACAUAUACCAUGCACGACAUACAAAAUGAAUGUAUCAAAUACGAUCUAAGAAUUAGUAAACAAGCCUAGCUCGAACUCGACUCGGCUCGUUAAUAAAUGGCUCGGGCUCGAGCUCAGCUCAUUUGUUAACGAGUCAAGCUCAAACUGGGGUAAAACUCGGCUCAGCUCGGCUCAUUUGCAGCCCUACUUCCAAUGGGUAUCCGAAAACCAAAUAUGCAAUUACCGGUUGGGUGCCACACUGAAGAAUAGAUUGACGAAACUUGCACGCACUGUCCCUUUUGUGGACUCCCUGAAACUCAGCUUCAUGCCCUCCGAGAAUGCAGUUGGAUUAGGAGUAGAUGGCAGUCAUGGGAAGAAAAGAAAUUGUUUGAGAUCGGAGAAGGAAAAUCGUGUAUUGAUUGGCUCAAGGAGAUAUGGAAAAAUUCAACAAUAGAACAGAUGUAGAAGUUCAGUGUUGUGCUUUGGUACAUGUGGAAGGAGAGAUGUAACCACCUGAACAGCAACCAUAAGAUUGACGAAGACCAGAUCAUCCCUGAAGCUUUGGGUUGGCUGCAAUCCUUCAUUAAAGCCCGAGCUCCCCUGUUUUCGGGAGAAGCUGCAUGCCCGAGUAGAUCCGAAGGCUGGUGUCCUCCCCUCGAAGAUUUCUUCAAGCUGAACUCUGAUGCGGGUGUUUUUAAACAUAUGGGGUGGGAUUCGGAUGUGUGAUCAGGGAUUGGAGGGGAAACUUUUGCGGUGCUACUGCGAAGAAGGAGAGAGGUGUCUACGGAAUUGGAAAUUUGGUGUGAUAAGAUCAGGAAGCUGGCUAAGAUCAAUGAGUCUUUCUCGGGGUUGUCGACGAUCUGGAACUUCACUCCAAGGAAGAACAACAACCCAGCUCACUGGUUGGCUCAUUCGAUCUCCUGCAGGGAUAGACAGUUAGUUUGGGUGGAUAAUCCACCUUUGUCACUUCUUUGUGUUCUUGAGGCCGAUCUGGGCCGAUCCUGUUUAGGCCAACUUUAAACUUUGAAUGAAAAGCCCACAGGUUACUAUAAAAAAAAAAUCAUUGGUGAGGUGGGUUUGGAUAUGGGUAUGGGGCGGGGAAAUCCAAAACAAUACCCGCCCCAUCCCCAUCAACCUUUUUGCGGGUUUUAUCCAUACCCGCCUCAUACCCUGUCAAAACGGGAAUUCUCCAUGUUGACUAGAUCGGAGGAAGUCGGGUACCCGCCACCAUGAAUUUGAUUGGUUGACAAUUGGGUCAUCCACUAAGGCAAUCGUUCCUACUAGGCUACUAUUGCCAGUCAGUCAGCACAUUCAAUUUGUUGGUGAAAUAAUAUAAUUGUAAUUACUUUGGGAAUAAUGCUGGAAGAUAACAUAACCUCCCAUCCCAAAUGUGCAAUGAUCACACCAAGAAACCAAAAUUAAAGAGCCAUAAACAAUUACAAAACCAUCCACAACAAUGCCAAUAAUUUGGAGAGAUCAAUCCCUAUAAAUAGACCAGGUUUUUCUUAUCAGCAAAAUCAAGUACUACUAGGGUCCUUAGUACUUCACCGUCUUCAUUUCUCUCAUCGGCUUCUCGACAAAAUGUCAAAUCCGGGUCGCCGGAAGAUUCCGAUCCGGAAAAUACCCUACAAGAACCGUUUACAGGUAACCUUCUCCAAGCGCCGAGCCGGCCUUUUCAAAAAGGCCAGCGAGCUGUGCACCCUGUGCGAGAUCGAAAUUGUCGUGAUCGUCUUCUCUCCGGCCGGCAAGGCGUACUCGUUCGGACAUCCUGCGGUGAGUCCGGUCGUCGGCAUGUUCUCGACCAAUCGCAACCAAAUUCCGUCCGGCGGAGGCGCAGUUAAGGCGGGCGAUGGUGGGCCGAAGAACGCGCAGCUGGCGCAGAUUCUCACCCAACUGGAACUGGUGGGCCAGGCGAUGAAAGCCCAACAGAACUGUUGGACGAUAUGUCCAAUUGAUGAACUUGGGCUUGAUGGGCUUGUGCAGUUGAGGAACGAUUUGGAAGAGCUGAAGUUGAAUAUUGUGAAGCAGCAGCAGAUGGAAGUUGUUGCUGCUACGAACCAUAAUUCUUCCGUCCCAAUUUCUUGAGGUGCUGAAGUUUUCUUCGAUAGGUGGCUACAAGUUUUGAACCGAAACCUCAACCGAUCGACGCGAAUAAUGAUGCUUCAUUGCUCGACAAACUACAACGAUAUCUAUAUCGCAUUGACGCUAUAGUUUUCCAAAUCAACAAACCGUUACAUAUUUGAACUGACACUACAUUUCGAUUAGAGCCCCACUCAGCUCUCAGUUAGCCUAUAUGAACAAGAUAUGUAAUGCUCAAUUAAUUGAUUCGAUUCCGGAAAAACUCAGACUGGAGCUCAACGACAAUGCAGUAAGGGAUUGAUUCGCUUGGUUCGGAUCCUAACUUCAGGAAGCUUAAUCAAAUGGUUUGCUGCAUAAACAGCAGAAUUCUAUAGGGGGGAGGAAUACAUCACCAUACGUAUACUAUAUACUAGACUAGCGAGCCGAUCACAAAAUUUAGCCCUGAUGAGCGCCUACUGAAAUGACAACACAGUAUUUACAGUGCACCUUAGUACGCGAAUGCUCAGCUUCGCCCCCUCGAUUGGCUCUCGAGUCUCGAUCAACAUCUCAUGACAACAUUACAGUUUCCCCCUGCGAACCUGCCAUGUCAAGAGAGCCUGUAUUUUUAGAGCUUUGCUUUGCUUUGCUUACUUGAGACUCAAGGUUGGCAGACAAUGAAACCGAGAUGAAAAUAGCAUAAUCAUAAACAAAACCAACAAAAGUGUUCUGCUUAC